AUGCGUGAACGACGACGGGUACGCAGUACGCCCAAGAGCGAGCCAAAGAGAGCUCGAGAUUGGGUCUCUGGAGGGCAACGUGAGAUGACCGACGGGCUGGAUGCGCAGAUAUCGCUGACUUGGCGAGGUUCCCGGGACAAUCUGCGGGCGUGGCAAAAAUUUGCGGCCCCAGCUGUGUGGGAAAAAGAAGAAAACACCGGAGAUGAGAAAAUUGGUGAUCUGGGGACAUGGAAAGGGGUGUCCUGCGCAGAAAAGCUGCUUUGGUUUGUGGCGACGAGGAGAGAGAAUGACAGCUCUCAAACGCAGCUGGGAGACAGGGCGCCUACGCGCGGUUUGGCAAACUUCCUGGCGCGCGAUACCACCGGAACGGCGUGUUUGGGCCUAGUCAUGGGAAGGUUGGGUGGGUGGUUCGGAUGCAAGGUCCGCGCCAUAAAUGAGUAUGUUGUUCUCUCUCGCUUGGCAACGGACUAG